UAGAACAGAUUGAUGAAGGGAAGGAGGGGGCAUGUUGAGUAAAAGAGAGGGAGGGAUGUCAAGAGAAGAGAAAGGAGAGUCUUGCUCAGUAAGUGGGCGGGGCAACAUGAUAAGAAUGAGUGACUGCAAUGGAUCUAACACUGGGGAGGGAGGAGCGAGUGAGUGAAACAUUAGUAGGAGGAGGUAUCACAGACAGAAAUAGAGAAGGGGUGGAGUGUUGGUGGCAGCUCUGUUUGUGAUGUAGAAUGGGAGGGAUGUGAGUGGAGAGAGAAGCUGGGAGGGUACGAAUGAUCAGAGAACAAGCGAGCAUCUAGUUGGAGAGCUACAGGAGGGGGCACACUAACUACCUGUAUUUACACUCACACAUUGACACUUUAAGGGGCGAAUAGCACUACCGUGCCCAUGCCCAGAUACACCUGAAGGGCUGCUCCAUGGAUAGACCGGGGAGAACGUAGAACUCGCCUCUUGUAGCACUUACUAACCAUCCAGACCCAUGUGUAGCCCUCUCAUCCAUUGUGAUCCACAGAAAAACACAGAGCCGAUCCUUCCCCCAAGAGGAGUCGGGGACCCCUUUGAUUUUGUCUCGGGGGCUGCUUUGUGCGAAGACGCGUCUGACGGAGAGUAUGGAUACGGAAAGUAAGAAUUAGGUGGGGGGGAAAGAGGCAGCGGAGAAGGCAGAGGUGAGAGGGCAGCUGUCACUAGACAUGGAUUGCAGUGGGCUGAGAAGACUCAUCAACAGAUACUGUGCCGGAGAAGAGAACUGGGUAGACAAUAGAACUAUUUAUGUUGGCCACAAACAACCCCCUCCGGGCACUGAGGCUUACAUUCCUCAGAGGUAUCCAGAUAACAGGAUAGUCUCCUCAAAGUACACUUUCUGGAACUUUGUACCGAAGAAUUUGUUUGAACAAUUCAGAAGAAUAGCAAAUUUCUAUUUCCUUAUCAUUUUCCUUGUACAGCUUAUCAUUGAUACACCAACUAGUCCAGUAACCAGUGGUUUGCCACUUUUCUUUGUGAUCACUGUGACAGCAAUUAAACAGGGCUAUGAAGACUGGCUUAGGCAUAAAGCUGACAAUGCGAUGAACCAGUACUCAGUCCAUGUUGUUCAGCAUGGGAAACUGGUCAGGACGCAAAGCAGGAAAUUAAGGGUUGGAGACAUUGUAAUGGUAAGAGAAGAUGAGGCAUUUCCAUGUGAUUUGGUGUUUUUAUCAUCAAGCAGGGAGGAUGGAACAUGUUUUGUUACUACAGCUAGUUUGGAUGGAGAAUCUAGUCAUAAAACCUAUUUUGCUAUUCAAGAAACAAAAUCAUUUCACCAUGAACAGGAAAUGGACGUGCUGCAGGCUACCAUAGAAUGUGAACAGCCACAGCCUGACCUGUACAAGUUUGUUGGUCGGAUAAACAUCUACAAUGAAGCAGAUGAGCCAACUGCUAGACCUCUAGGAUCCGAGAAUCUGCUGCUUCGUGGUGCCACUUUAAAGAACACAGAGAAGAUAUUUGGUGUUGCAAUAUACACUGGCAUGGAAACCAAAAUGGCAUUGAAUUACCAGUCCAAAUCACAGAAAAGAUCUGCUGUUGAAAAGUCAAUGAAUGCAUUUCUCAUUGUGUAUCUUUGCAUUCUGAUCAGUAAAGCCUUAAUAAACACUGUGCUUAAGUACAUAUGGCAGAGCGACUCUUCCCGCGAUGAACCCUGGUACAACCAAAAAACCGAUUCAGAGAGACAAAAAAAUAAAUACCUCGGAGCAUUUACAGACUUUUUAGCUUUCAUGGUCCUCUUCAACUACAUCAUUCCUGUAUCCAUGUAUGUCACAGUGGAAAUGCAGAAAUUCUUGGGGUCCUAUUUCAUCUCCUGGGAUGAAGAAAUGUUUGAUGAAACUACUGGAGAGGGUCCUGUUGUCAACACAUCGGACUUGAAUGAAGAACUAGGACAGGUUGAAUACAUAUUUACGGAUAAGACUGGGACUUUAACUGAGAACAACAUGGAGUUUGUUGAGUGUUGCAUUGAAGGGCACGUUUAUAUUCCUCAUGUCAUCUGCAAUGGACAGAUUCUCCCUGACUGUAUGGGCAUUGACAUGAUUGAUUCCUCUCCUGGGGCUGGUGGCAAAGAGAGGGAAGAGCUAUUUUUCCGCGCACUUUGCUUAUGCCACACUGUGCAGGUAAAGGACGAAGAUCAUAUAGAUGGAGAGAAAAAAUCGAGUCACUCUGGGAGAUCCAGUGUAUAUAUUUCAUCCUCCCCUGAUGAAGUUGCACUUGUUGAAGGUGUUCAAAGGCUGGGCUAUACGUUUUUAAGGAUGAAAGAUAAUUACAUGGAAAUAUGUAACCGAGAAAAUGACAUUGAAAAGUUUGAACUGCUACAGGUUCUGACAUUUGAUUCUGUGAGGAGACGGAUGAGUGUUAUAGUCAGAUCAUCCACAGGUAACAUUUACUUGUUCUGCAAAGGAGCAGACUCGUCCAUAUUCCCCAGGGUCAGAGAAGGCAAAGUGGACCAAAUUCGAGCCAGAGUUGAACGCAAUGCAGUGGAAGGGCUGAGAACUCUGUGUGUUGCUUACAAAAAAUUUUCUCAAGAGGAAUAUGAGUUGGCUAACAAAUUGCUCAGGGAUGCACAGCUGGCACUUCAGGACAGAGAGAAGAAACUGGCAGAAGCAUAUGAACAAAUAGAACAGGAUCUUAUUUUACUAGGCGCUACAGCAGUUGAAGACAGGCUUCAGGAAAAAGCGGCGGAUACAAUAGAAUCACUCCAGAAAGCUGGCAUUAAAGUCUGGGUACUAACAGGAGACAAAAUGGAGACAGCAUCUGCCACCUGUUAUGCCUGCAAACUGUUCCGGAGGAACACACAGCUGUUAGAGCUUACUACAAAGAGGAUGGAGGAGCAGAGUCUCCAUGAUGUGCUGUUUGAGCUCAGCAGAACAGUUCUAAGGCACAGUGAAAGCUUAACAAGAGACAAUUUCUCAGGGUUUUCAACAGAUUUCCAGGACUAUGGUCUAAUUAUUGAUGGAGCUACACUGUCAUUAAUAAUGAAACCCAGGGAAGAUGGGAGCUCCACAAACUACAGAGAGGUGUUCUUGGAAAUCUGCCGAAAUUGCAGUGCAGUUCUCUGUUGUCGAAUGGCACCUCUACAGAAAGCACAGAUUGUUAAAUUAAUCAAGUCUUCGAGGGAACAUCCAAUUACGCUGGCCAUUGGUGAUGGGGCUAAUGAUGUCAGCAUGAUUUUAGAAGCACAUGUUGGUAUUGGGGUAAUUGGAAAGGAAGGAAGACAAGCUGCCAGAAACAGCGACUAUGCAAUCCCUAAAUUUAAACAUUUAAAAAGGAUGUUGUUGAUCCAUGGACAUUAUUAUUAUGUUAGGAUUUCAGAACUUGUGCAAUAUUUCUUUUAUAAGAAUGUCUGCUUUAUUUUCCCUCAAUUUUUAUACCAGUUCUUCUGUGGCUUCUCACAACAGCCUUUGUACGAUACUGCAUAUCUGACACUUUACAAUAUCAGCUUCACUUCCCUUCCCAUCCUGUUGUAUAGUCUGAUUGAGCAGCAUGUUAGUGUGGAAGUGCUGAAGAGAGACCCUACUCUGUACAGGGAUAUUGCCAAGAAUGCAUUACUGCGGUGGCGUCUGUUCAUAUAUUGGACGUUCCUAGGACUGUUUGACGCUGCAGUGUUUUUCUUUGGAGCAUAUUUUCUCUUUGACAAUGCCACCGUCACCAGCAAUGGGCAGCUCUUGACAACCAACACAUACAUGAUGCUGGGGAACUGGACCUUUGGGACAUUGGUGUUUACGGUUCUUGUUUUUACAGUGACAUUUAAGCUUGCACUGGAUACACAUUACUGGACAUGGAUCAACCACUUUGUAAUAUGGGGGUCUCUCUUGUUCUACAUCAUCUUUUCACUGCUGUGGGGAGGAAUUAUCUGGCCGUUUCUCAAUUAUCAGAGGAUGUAUUAUGUAUUUAUACAAAUGCUGUCAAGUGGUCCAGCCUGGCUGGGAAUUGUUCUCCUCAUUACAGUCAGUCUUCUCCCUGAUGUCCUCAGGAAAAUAAUAUGCAGGCAGCUGUGGCCCACGGCAACAGAAAGGAUCCAGGAUGUUUCCAUGAAGUCCAAGGAGGUUUCUGAGUUUACCCCUCUUGCCACAAUGCAAAGCCCAACCUACCAAAGCAACGACUUCAACAGUGCUACAUCCAGCAGCUGGUGUUGCAUUUGUGCACAUUUUUUUUCCAGAAAUACUGGCUAGCAGUCAUUGUAAGUCGCCAAAUGGGUUUAUUUUGUACUUCUAGUACUCCCCAUAGUAGAGAUAGAUUUCUAGUGCAUGUGUUAUGUGUCUAUGUGUCUUGCAGCCCAUGUAUUGUCAGCAGCUCUGUUCAAUAAGUCCCUUUCAGAACUGAAUGCAUUGGUUUCAGUACUUAAUACAUUAUGGAAUAGGCCCAAGUGAUGUCCUUACAUGUCAACAUGUUUAAAUUUGUAUAUGUUUCAGCCGUCAGGUUUUUUUCACAUAUUUAUUACAGAAAGACUGUUACAAAACCAAAACAGUUCACAAUAUCGCUGGGCUAUAGGAGCUGCUGAUUCUAGUGUGUAUGAAUUAUGUAUUUUUCCAAACAAUAUCAGAACCCUAGAUUUGCAGUCCAAUUCCUUAACCCAUUGUUAAUGCUAAUGUGUAGCAGUCCUGUUUGAAAAAUGUAGCGCUCACAAUGUUCUCUGGAUGUCAUUCUUGUUGUGUAGGUUCUUCUGUAUCCCUUUCUCUCAUAGUUCUUUAGUAUUUACAGUCACUACUAAAUAUACUAUUAGGGUCUGGCCACACAAGCAGAUUCAGGGAGAUUAGUCGCCCCAGCACCAGAAUGCGCUAUAUUUAAAAUAAUAUUGAUAAUUAUUGUUUAUUUUAUAUUUUAACUUUCACUGUCAAUUCUCUAAUAACAGACUGAAACCCAUCAGAAUUACAUGUAGUGAAUCACAGCAAGGUUCUAUUAGCCAAACUGCCUUUAAGCUACUCCCAGCCCAGUGCUGUUUACCCAUCAUGCACCCAGUGAUGAGAAGAGAGGGAGAUUUUUUGUAAGUCGUGUUGAGUUUGGUGUGAGCCUUCAAUAGACUGGAGUUAAAAAUGUAAAUAGUAGUCCAGCCUAUUGAAGGAUUAUGCAGCCCCCAGCCCAAUGUGACUGACAGAACCCGUGUGCCAGAAAAGGCUACUUUGAAUAUCAGAAAAGGCAAGUAGCCCUGGGAUUGAGGGCAUUUUAGGGGUUAAAAAGAAAUACUGUGGUUUAUUACAACCAAUACUGAUCGUGUCUGUUAUAGAAACAGAUCAGUAUCACAUUAACUAUUUCCAGUUGUGUUUAGAAGCUCCAUUGUUUUAACAUUCGCCUGCAUUGAAAGAAGAUCUAAAAUGUGAUAUUAUUUAAAUUUAAUUUCAGUCCAUCGUAACUUUCCUACUGUAAAAGUGAUGUGUGUUACUCCCACAAAACCUGAGAGCUUUUAACAAGUGUAUUAUAUAUAUAAUAUAUAAUACACUUGUAUAUAUAGUGUAUUAUAUUUUUCGAAUAUAUAUUACAGAAACCUGCAUUUCUAAUUAUUAGGACGUGUAAAGGGCAAAGUACAUUUAAAAUGAAUAGCACAACUUAUUAUUUUUCUAAUCAAAUGUUGAAGCCUCUUUGAAGUGUAGUAGGCACAAAAUAUUUUCCAGAGCUUUAGUCUGCAGGCUAAUCAUUCGAGUACACACCAGUGUUCUGAUUUGAAAUUCCAAUCCUUCGCGUUUGAUGCAAAUAAAAUGGGAAUAAAUGUAAUUAGCCUGGAAACAAGUUACAGAUCUGCAUGUAACCAUUUACCCUAAAUUCAAAAAUAAUUCCAAAUCAUAUAACAUCUAAAAUCAAAUCAACUUAAAAUCAAAUCCUUAGUAAACAUAAUAAUAAUAAAUAUAAUUUAAACUGUAGUUUACAUUAUCUCAUUACUCUUACUUUUUUCACUCUGCUGGUAGUGUUUAUAAAGGUGUGUAAAAGCAAAUGCACUUCAUCACCACUUUAACCGUGUAAUAUCAUAUGUAUUUAAAUAGA